CCGCCGGAUAUAAAGGGUAGAGCCGUUACCAUAGCCAUCACAAUCCAAUUCAGGUUUCCGGCCCAGUGGCAUUAUUGCGCAUUAUUGUUUUGUUGCGACCGUUUUGAUAUGCGGCGUUGUGGCUGUUCAUUUCUGCAUCGCCAUUACUAAGUCCUCUUGAAGAUGAGCAAACAGCGAAGCACCAAGUUUAAAGACUCAGUACUCAGUGAGGUGGACUCAAAUAAUGAUUUAAUUAGUCUCUGGUGCAAAAAGGGGACUCACAAAACUGAUGCAUUUUGCGUCCUCUGCAAUUCAUCAAUUUCCUGCGCACAACAUGAAGUAGCUGCCAUCAAACGUCACGCAGCAUUGAAGAAACAUGUUGAAGCUGCUGCAAGGCACAGAGAUGAAAACGGAAACCUUCAGCUCCCCAAAUUGGUGCAAGCCGCAUUGGAUUUCUCACAAGGUGCUUCUGGCACAUCACUCCAAGACCAAGUGUGGAAAGCGGAAUCAAUUUUCGCUAUGUCCGUUGUUUCAAAGUCUAUCCCUUUCUCGUGGGGAGACAGUGCUACGGGAAUGUACGAGUGUAUGUUUCCGGACAGCGAGGUUGCUAAGAAGUUUAGCUGCAGCAGGUCCAAGUUAUCACGUAUCGUGCCCGAUGGACUCGGCCCUUACUUCAAGUCCAGAGUUGUGAGUGAGCUGUGCCACCCAAAUGUUUUCUUCUCCGUGAUGAUCGACGAAACCCCAAAGCCAGAGCAAAGAACGCAGCAACUGGAUGUGCUUGUUAGGUACUUUUCUAACAGCCAGCAACAGGUUGUCGUUGAGCAUGUGCAAUCGUACAACCUCGGGUGUGCCACCGCAGAAGUAAUUGUGGGCUGUGUAGAAGACGCGCUGACUGAGCUACCGAAGAGAGGGCUUGUUUGCUUUUUCAGUGACGGGCCUAACGUCAUGAAAAGUGUGAGGAACAAGCUCCAAAAGGAUAUGCCAUCAAGUUUGGUUGACAUCAACAACUGCAACCUUCACAAAGUCCACAAUGCUUUUGCAAAAGGUCUCGAUGCGUUUGGCUCGGAUGUUGAGGAGGUCGUCCGAAACGUCUACUACUACUUCAAAAGCGCUGUUCGUGCUGAAGCCCUCGGAGAAUGUCAGGAGGCUCUAGGGAUUGCUUCUCAUGUGUUUCUGCGUCAUGUCUCCAAUCGCUGGCUCACACUUCAAGAUUCACUGUGUCGUGUCCUAGAACAAUUCAAAGCGCUGAAGUCAUACUUUCACGAGGCAAGCAUGACAAAGCAGCGAGUGGACACUCAGAGUCUUCACAGCAAGCUUGCUGCAGCAUUUUCAAAGAAAGACCUUUAUGCCAAGGUGUUGUUCUUGAAGAACUGUGCCGAGCUUUUUUCUCGGUUUCAGACACUGUUUCAGAAGCAAGAGCCCCUGUUACACAUACUCCACGCGGAGUUGCUGUCUCCAGUCCAGCGAAUCCUCAGCCGUUGUUUGAGGAGUGUAGCCUAUGUGGACAAGAGUGCGGAGGAACUGAAGAAACUCAAUGUGCAGGACUCUACCCUGUGGAAAACCAAACCAGAAGUGGGUAUGGACACUGAGCAGGCAAUGCUGAAAUGGGAUCCAGGUGAAAAGAAGCGGUUACUUCUUGGGGCCCGUGCCUUCUACUUGGCUUGCUCGAAAGACCUCCUGCAGAAGCUGCCUCUUGACAAUAAAGUCCUUCAGCACACAAGUCUCUUGGGAUUGCAGCCCAGCGACGUGGAGUCAGAAGUCCGAUCCUUGCGAUGCUUUGCUUCCCAGCUGCCUCAAGUUCUUGAGAGCGACCACGUGUCAUCACUGGUCGAUGAGUGGCAUAUGCUGAGAUGUGACUCUGCUAACAGCCUUCAGUUGAUGGAAGAUGGACGGAUCGACACUCGUUGGGCUACAGUAUUUCAACAAAAGUGCGCAGCUGGUCAGCAGAAGUACCCACUGUUGUCAAGGCUAGUAAAAGCGCUGCUCUCUCUACCUCAUGGCAACACGGACUGUGAGCGAGGCUUCAGUGAGAAUAAGCAUCUCCUUGAAGGCAGAGCCUCAUUGUGCAUUACGAGCAUCAACGGAUUGCGGCAAGUGAAGACCUACCUGCAGAGGUAUGAUGGAGAUGCCACAAAGGUGCCCCUGUCACCAGACCUUCUGCGAAGCGUCAAAAGAACAAGAGCCCGGUAUGAGGAAAGAAUUGGAAGCAGAGAGGCCGACAUGAAGAGAAAAAAGCCUGACAGCGCACAAGUUGAUGCUGACAACUCGCAUGACAAGCGCUUAAAGAAGCAGUUGGAGGAAAGGGUGAUCUCGUGCCGUGCGUUGCUGAAGAGGGCGGAAGAGACCAUUGGUGCAGGACUGAAGUGCCAAAGCUUGGAAAAAGUAGAAGGUGGCCAAACUAUGUUAGCUGAAGCCAAUGCUACUUUGUCACGCACUCUUUGCGAGCUGGACGAACUGAAAAAGAAAUGCAAAAAGCAUUGAGUCAAUAUAUUUUUUUUUUCACCUGUGAUAUAUAGUCUACAGUCAAAAGGCAAGAAGUAUUAAGCAAUAUUUGAGUUUUCAUCUGUGAUAUUUUGUUACAUAGUUAAGCUUUAGCUGCAAGAAUGUUCUGUCAUAAAUAAAAUGUUUUUCUUAUGGUGAGUUCUUUUCUUUGUAAAUUACUAUAUGAAAUUCAGAUGUUCGUGACACACACAGACAUAUAUAUAUAUAUGGGGGUGAGGUAAGAUUGACAAGGGCAGCCGUAAUAUAUAUAUAGACAUGGCACAGAACUGCUCUAUGUUCAUGCUGCUCCAAAAUGUUUAGUUUUCCUGAUACCAAGGUGCUCCAAAACGAGCUUUUCCCCGCUCCAAAAGGGGAGUUUAUGUGAUACGAAUUGCUCCAAAAUUGGGUUUUUCUUGCUCCAAAACCUAAAAUGGCUGGACCACCACUGCAUCAUGGCAUUCAUUGUCUAUCUGUACUCUGUACAUACUCUUAUCCGCUAAACCAACCAAGCGCAACAUGAAUGCUAGACUCACACUUUUA